CUUGUCAGGAGCAGAUAACUCUAUUCCAAGGGAGAUAAACGUCAAACGAUCACGUGACAGCAGCCAUUUGCCGGAGCUCCGAACUUGGGGCAAGUCAAGGGCAAGUUAAGACCAUGGCAACUCGAGCAUCUAGGAGGUUUAUGGGGACCCUGAAGGGUCGGCUGAUGUCAAGCCAGGCUGCCACAGCACAGUCUGAAGCAGGAGUCAAUCUGACCAAGCAAGCACCAAAGCUGACCAAGUUGCCCAAUGGUAUGAUAGUUGCCUCCCUUGAGAACUACUCCCCACUUUCCAGUGUGGCUGUUGUAGUAAAUGCUGGAUCAAGAUUUGAAUCAGGAGAUAACCUUGGUGUGACUCACUGCCUCCGAGCUGCUGCAGGCUUGAGCACACAAAAAGCAUCACAGUUUAAAAUAACUAGAGGCAUUCAACAGAUUGGAGGGAACUUAAUGUGCAGUACCUCAAGAGAGUAUAUGUCAUACAGUUCUGACUGCACCAGAGACAAUGUAGAUGAAGUUGUUGAGCUUUUACGUGAGGUCACUACUGGCCCUUCCUAUAAACCAUGGGAGCUGUCUGAUUUGCAGUCCAAACUUGAUUUAGAUCUUGCCAUCUUGGAAACCCAACCACAAGUCAGACUGUUUGAGCUCCUCCACCAGGCGGCGUUCAGGAACACACUUGGACGUUCCGUCUAUGCCCCCCAGUUCAUGGUUGGCAAGUACAGCCCGGAACAGCUGCUCCAUUAUGUGAAGAACUACUUCACUGGUGAGAGGAUGGCACUGGUCGGUGCUGGGGUUGACCACGACGUUCUCGUCAACCUGGCCAAGAAGUUCACCCCAUUCAGCUCCGCUGGCGCCGCAUCAGAACUAGCUCAGUAUCAUGGAGGAGGUGAAAUCCGUGUGGCCAAUGAUGGUCCUCUGACAUACGCUGCAGUGGCAGUUGAAGGACCAAGCUGCCGGCCUAGAAAUCAGGGAACGAGAGGCCUAGCUGCCAAGGAGCUGCUUCCUGUGGGUGUGCUUCAGAACAUCAUGGGCACCGGUCCAUUUAUCAAGUACAGCCCUAACACCACAGUCUCCAAGCUGGGACAAGCCGUCUCAGGGGCCUGCUCUCAGCCUUUCGCUGUUACCUGCUUAAAUGCCAAUUACACAGAUGGAGGGCUGUUUGGAUUCUCCGCUGUAGCUCAACCAGAUGAAAUUGGACAGGUAUUGAGAGCGGCAUUCAACCAGUUUGCCUCGGUCACCAAAGGUGUCACAGAUCAGGAGGUAGCCAGGGCAAAGAACCAACUGAAGGCCACAGUGUUGAUGGCCAAUGAGAGCCAGGCGGGAGUCAUGGCUGACCUGGGAGAACAGGCUCUCGGUCACCAACAAAUCAUACCAGUGGAAGAGGUCACCAGGAUGAUUGAUGCUAUCACCACGGCUGAUGUAGUUAAUGUUGCCAAGAGGAUGAUCAAUGGCAAGCCCUCCAUGGCUGCAGUUGGAAAUCUGUCUGGAACACCCUAUUUGGAUGAGCUGUACAAGUAACUCUGUGGAACUUAGGACAUAUGUGUGUUAAAGUGUAUUGUGCUCGGGGUCAUCUCGAGUCCUCCAUCAAGACAGUUACCAAGCCAACUGCAUUGUUAUUUAUGGAGUCUUUGGACAUGUUUUGCAAGACGUUCAACUGUGUAAAAUAGUGAAACACAAGUGAAUAAAUGUUUAUGAAAA